GUGCCUUCUAAGUCCACGAGGGUGAUAAAGGUGUAUGAGCCGCUCUUAAAGGAGAAGAAGAAGACCAAUGCCAUGGAGAAGUUUUACGAGACUCAGAGGGCUAGGCUAGACCCUACCGGAUGGAGAUCGUCUCUGCUGAAGUCUGUGCGUCCAGGUGAUGUUGUCAGAGUGAUGUACACUUCCCGUGCGAUCCCACCGUUUGUUGGACAAGUCAUUGCGAUGAGUAAGAAACAGCUGGACACCAACAUCACGCUGAGAAACCAGGUGAGUAAAGUUGGUGUGGAGGUCAAGGUGAAGCUGUACAGUCCACUGGUGAGCAGAAUCGACGUUAUCAGAAAGCCACAUGCUUAUAAGAAGAGAAACAGACAGUACUACAUCAGAGGUAACAGAUUGGACGUUGGUGAUUUGGAGGCAUCCUUGAGAAAGAGA